AUGGGUUUCUAUGGCCGAGCAGUGACUGUCCAGUGUACCAGGGAUGGACAGUUUGUGGUGGUGGUUGCCAGGGAAGCCACUCUGCCCAACCUGGAGCUAGAUUCUAUCAGCCUGCUGGGGGGGAACGAAGCCCACUGCACCCCUGUCGGCAUCACUUCUGCUUUUGCCAUCUACCAAUUCAAAGUCACUGAAUGUGGAACUGCCAUGACGGAGGAACCUGGUACUAUUUUCUAUGAGAACAGGAUGUCCUCCUCAUAUAUAGUGGAGAUGGGACCCCUCGGCACCAUCACCAGGGAUAGCCAAUUUAAUCUAAUAUUCCAGUGCAGAUAUAGGGGCACCGGGAUUGAGGCUCUUGUGAUUGAGGUGAAGCAGGUGCCUCCCCCAAUUCUUCUUCCAGCUCCUGGACCCCUCAGAGUUGAGCUCAGACUGGCCAAUGGAAUAUGCCUCACCAAGGGAUGUAAGGAAGAAGAGGCGGCCUACACCUCUUACUACACGGUGGCAGACUACCCUGUCACCAAGUUCCUCAGGGAUCCCGUGUACGCUGAGGUUCGCAUCCUGGAGAGGACAGAUCCCAACAUUGUGCUGACCCUGGGUCGCUGCUGGGCCACCACAAACCCCGACCCUCUCAGCCAACCCCAGUGGAACCUUAUCAUUUCUGGAUGUCCGUACAAGGAUGACCGUUACCUGACCAUGCCCAUCCCUGUGGAAGCCUCCUCUGGUCUGUCCUUCCCAACCCACUACAGGCGCUUCGUCCUCAAGAUGUUCACAUUUGUGGAUUCGACAUCUAUGUCUCCCCUGAGGGAGAGGAUGUUCAUCCAUUGUAAUACAGAUUUGUGCCAGCCAUACCAGGAAAACUGGUACUGUGUACCAAGAUGCUUCAGAACGAGGAGAGACAUUGCCAAUGCAGUUCAGAAGACCACCAGAAGCGAGUCUACUUUGGUUUCCAGUGGCGAACUGAUCCUGACUCAAGCAAGCCCACCCACGAGAAUAUUGGUUGACUGAAUACCAGCACUUUGCAGGCCAGUGGA